AUGGCGGGAAAUAACGUUGGUAACUUCACUAGUAGCACUGAGGCUAUGUCGACCCAGCCCAGCGCUCUAAUGCCUCGGUAUAUAGUCAUCCAUCGGGUGGAAUGCCCUGGAUCAACACCAGUCCAUUCUCGCCAUCCUGCUAUUUCGUCAUUUCUCGACGUUCCACGUCUGUUUGUCGGCGACAACAAAGCAAGCCCACUCAGGGGUCGAAUUCCGGAUGAGAAUUCCCAGCUGCUUGCCAGAAAGGAUCCUAAUAUUUCUUUCAUUAUACACCGCACCUACAACUGUCUCGAUUACCAUAACACAGUAUUCGAGGCCUUACGGGAGGCAUCAGUGAACUCUGCGCCACCUGAUCUGAGUUCUCAGUUAUGUCUCGAUGCUGAUAAUGCUGUAGCAGAAGGAGAGUAUAUGGAAAUUGUAUCGACGCAUUUGAACAACGCAAUAGAAGCAGUCAAAGAAGCAGACACUAAACAAGACUCUGUGGACGAGUCAUUGUUACUGGGCUGGAAACGAGAACAAAACAUGAUGGCACCAUACCUUCAUUUCUAUCACACUCGGAAUCUGCUGCGCGACCACGUUCCCCACUUACCAGAGCGUCAAAGCAAAGACAUCAAUCUCCUUCUUGAGUACCUGGACAAGGAAUUUAGCCCCGACUAUCAAGAAGCCGAGAAGCUUUUUCUUGGUGAUGGGCUUGUAAGCAGAAAACAUUUUCACAAGCUAUUUGGGCCGAGAGAGAUAAUAGUAACUGUUGAGGAGGGCAAUCACAUCGCCAUGGUUUCAAAAUAUCCUCCUCUCCCUGGUUCGAAUCCGAUAAGGUUAGAAUGCGAAAUGUGGAAAUUCAACGGCCGUUUUGCAAAAUUCAAAAGGAUUGUCACCAUAUGCUGGCCAAAGCAUGCCGCGGAGGUAGACAAGGUCCCAAUAAAGUCCCUCGGUAUCUUUCCACUAAGAUUUGACCAACAACUUGAGUAUCGCCUUAGAAAGCGUGGGGAGCUUUUCUGGCAGCUUCGAAAACCAAGAUUAGUUCUUUACACUGCCCCAAGCCAGGUUCUCGAUUAUCGCAUGGGAAAUGGUCGUUAUAUGGUUGACAUCGAAACCUAUCGUCGUUUUCACAGAUUAAACACCAUUGAGAACGCGGUCACUGAGCAUGUUGACGAGUACCUACCAUUGGAAGCCACCGAGUCAGAUUCACCUCCUACCGGCAGCUUUACCCUUCUACUACCACCGACAACAUAUGGCUUCGGAUUCCACGACAAGAAGUGGCGAAAGCUUGUUAUAGAAUACGCGGCUGAUAUAGUCUGGAACGAGGAUAUGUUUGAUAUGCUGGUCCUUCCAGAGAGUGAGAAGAACAUUCUAAGGGCGCUUCUACCCGAAAACAAGGCAUCUAUAGAUGCCUUAGCAAGCCGAGACCGGGGUAGAUUGAUUCUACUUUGUGGUACCGCAGGAACUGGCAAGACAUUCGCAGCGGAGGCUCUCGUCGAAUUGGCAAGGAAGCCAUUGUAUCGAUUAACGCCAUAUGAAAUCGGUAUAGAGCUUAAUCAAGUUGAGAAUAACAUCAAAGAGGCGUUCUAUCUUGGUGAUAUCUGGAAUGCAGUGGUCUUUACGAUGGAAGGGACGAGUGAUCUAUAUCAAAGCGCCCUCCGAGACCGAGGCCAGUUAGUCUCUCUCUUGCGCCUCACCCGAUUGGGAACGUUGCCGUUGGGAAAGACCAUUGGCGCAUUCCGAUCCAAUAAUGAUCACAAGGUCUCGAACAAUUUCGGAGACGACAAUUUCGCAGAUAUACUGCCUGAUGACUAUUCGAAUAUGUAUUUGUCUCGUAGAGAGAUUCAGACCAUGCUUCGGACAGCAGAGAAAUUUGCAUCCUAUGAAAAGGAGGUUAUGAAUGCGUCUCACGUGAAACAGGCGGCGAAAGUGUUGGCAAUUUAUAAGAGGGACAUCGAAAACAGCAUCUAUAAUAGCUGA